AUGGAGACACACGACACGCGGCCCACGAAUGCGGGCGUGAUAAAGCGAAUUCGUCAAGCAUGCGCCAAUUGCAGGCGACGCAAGGUCAAGUGCUCCGGUGAGCGCCCGGUGUGCACACAUUGCCGACAGAGCCGACGGAGCUGCGUCUAUGAGCCGUACUCUGUCACGGCUGGUGAGACGGGCCAUACAGUGCCUAGGGUUUCUAAUGCUACGAUAAGUAGUCAGUUGUUGGAGCGUAUCUCAUCGCUUGAGUCGGCGUUGAGUAGGCUCAGUCAAGGCAACUUUGACGCUCAUGUCCAGUCAUCACCCUCCUCGGCGUUCAACUCGACGCCUCGACGCAUGCCAUCACUACAUCACAACCAAGAUCAGCCAGACUUGAAUCUCGACUCAAUAGUACAGAGUUCUGUUUUGAACAGCUUCUCAUUCAAUGGACUCCCACCUCCAGAGGUAGUCCAAUCCCUCGUGGACACCUACUUUGCCCGCGUCCACAACCAGCCAUACUCAUUCUUCCACCGCACGUCUUUCUACGCGAGUCUUUCAACCAUGUCGAUUCCGAGAUGUCUGCUGUUUGCUGUUCUUGCUUAUGCGGUGAGGUUCUCGGAUCAGCCUUAUUUCGUGGGCAAGGUUCAGCAGGCUUCGGAUGCGUAUUCUAGGCAGUCGUGGCUGUGUGUGAUAGAGGAUCAUUUGAGUGUGGAUAACAACCUCGACUUGUCUGUUAUUCAGACUGUUACUCUACUGGCAAUCGUGGAUUACACAGCCGCAAGAAUUAGCUCAGGCUGGCUACGUCUCGGCCUAGCAAUCCGACUAUCCCAAGACGUCGACCUUAUGUCCGAGCCGUCAUUCUUCCUCCCCCCAACAGAACGUGAAGAACGAAGACGAACAUUCUGGUCCAUCUACCUCGUCGACAAGCUAAUCUCGUGCGCCCGUUCAAGACCCGCAGCAGUCGCCGAUGACGACUGCACUCUUCACCUCCCCUGCAACGAAGACGUCUUCCAAGAUAGAGGUGAAGAUGGUGAGAAUGUGCCUACCCUGCGUCAGGUCCUCAGCUGGGAUGUUCCUCUUGCGAAUCCUCCAAGUCCGUUUGGAUUAGCUGUUGUGGCUACGUCCAUCUUUGGACGUUGUACGAAAUACGCCCAUGGAAGAAGUGCAGGUGAAAUGCUCACGCCGUUGGAUCCCCAAUCCGACUUUGCCUUGACGAAUGCUUCACUGCUGCUACUCGAAUCCUACCUCAAGAACCACGAUCAACCGAUUCUAGAUCUUGUUCAAAACGGACCUCAAGCAGACACCAACAUUGACGAAAAACAAGUCGGCCACCUCGUCUUCUCUCACGCUCUCUUCCAUCUCUGCUACUGUCUCCUAAACCACCCAUUCCUAAUCCGUCUCCGCCUACGUCCCAUAGCAGCAAGGGUUCCGAAAAGUUUCACAUCCAACGCGUUCCACGCAGCGCAAGAAAACGCGAGGAAACUCACGGAUCUGCUCUUGGCGGGAACUACUGGGGUUGUACCGAUGGAGUCUUCGUUUUACACGUACUGUGCUUCCAUCGCGGCGGGGAUUCAUUCUCUGGCUUUUGGGGCGCAGCAUCAGGGUGUCGAUGUUGAUCAGUAUGACAGCCAGAGGUAUUAUCAACGGUGCAUAGAGGUGUUGGAAAGACUGGGUGUUUUGUGGCCUAUGGUUCCCAACAUGUUGACCAAACUCCGAGAAUUCGACGCCCACUCCGAGUCCUACGCCCACCUCUUCAACGCAGCCUGUCUCGCCGACGAACUAGACGGCAUUGCAGAAAAUACCCUCUGGUCACUCGUCGACUACGGGAUGCUGGCUAGGGAAGUGCCGGGAAAUUCUCCCGCGCAUGUGUCAUUCUUAUCAAAUCUACCAUCACCGAGUAAAUGGAUUCCAGGUGGCGACUACAUGGCUACGUCGCCCACGAGCGAGGCAAGGAAUCAGUUACUUUUCGUAGGGACUCAGGAACCAUUGACUCGUUUAUAA